AUGACGGGGGGACUUAUAAAAUCAUCACCAGGUAAGAAAACACCGAAGGUCGAAGAACCUACCGAGAAAAUUGAAAAGGAAGAAGAAGUAGUGCCUCCAAUUGAGAAAGCAGGCGAAACUAGCCAAGAUACGAGUCGUGAGGAGAGCAAGGAAUCUUAUUACCAAAGGCUACGUCUUGCCAUGUCUCUCGAUGGUAGUGUGACACCUUCUGCUACUAGACCAAGAGUCCAGUAUUGCAAUAGAUACGAUGCGGCGGAUGAUAGUUCCGAAUCUGAUAGUUCGGAUGAUCCUGUGGAUGUGGAACCGAAAAUUGUUGCGUCAUACCUGAAACCGCUUACUGGAGGUAAAAUAAAAUCACUGUUACCAAAAGGAAAUACAGAACGACCCAUAACCACGACAAUGGCAUCACUUACUAUUACAGUUGUACCUGCAUCAGGGCGACUCUGUACAGGAAGUGAGUAUGGUAUGUCCUAUGACCCAAUGCUGAGGAGGUUCGCUACCAGUCCAGAUUUAUCUGACGAUAAAGCCGCUGAUCAACCGCAAGGGUUUGAAUGUGUUGCUACAGAUAAUGGAUUCAAGGCUCCUUUACAUGAAAUAAUAACAAUACACCGAAGGCGAUAUGCGUAUACAUCAUCGAAGAAAUCGUCACUUUGGACGAAAAUGUUUCCUAUUGGAAAUCACAAGAUCACAGAUGCGGAAACGGCAAAAGCGAUGAAGCAACUGAAACACUGCCUUAUGUACAGACGUCCUUCACUCCUUGACAAUCUUAAACGCAUAACAGCGUUGAAGGAACGUGUGGAAGAGGCAAUAUCCAAUGUUAAGUGUCAAUUUGGUUGCGGUAUUUCGGCGUGGUCCCUCCAAGAGUGGUUUAAAAAGAUAAAUGAGAAUUUCACAACGGUGGCCAAGGAUGCGGUUGAAUACCUGCAAGCAUUAACAGCCAUUUCCGUGAAUCUACUGGAGAACUACGAUUCGAGCCCACGGCCUACGUAUGACAGAUCGAUAUUUUACAUGUCCGUCGACGGCAAGGCUGUGAAACAGGAAGUGGACCAAUGCCAUCACGACGAUUCUUAUGGGUCAAUAGCUAACAUACGCACCUGUUUCAACAGUUGGGAGCUCGAUGUUAUAAUGCUCCUGUAUGAACUAGAGUCUAUAAGUGAUCGCCUAUUCCUGGCGCAUCCCAAGCCGUUUGGAGAAAGGUCACACUUGAUGGUUAAUACAUUGAUCGAGUUGAAGGAACGUGUUAAAGUGCCAGACUGUCUACAAGCACUUAUGAGAUUUCAAUACGAUAAAUCGAUUAUUGCGUACGCCGCCGGGGUGGAAAGACUAAGAAGGAUAAGAGAGGACUCUAAUUUAAAAAGAAGAGAAGCCUUACUACUUAGAAGAGAAGAGUACUUAAAAAAUAAAAAGGAAAGCUGA